ACUACAACUCCCAGCUGCCCUAUCUGCCUGCCUCCUUCUCCUCCUCCUCUUCCUCUGGAUGCAGCAGGGCGAAGGGUUGGAGGAGAGGCCGCUUGGAGGAGCUCCAGAAAGAGCUCUGAAGUUGAUGCUGCCCCGCUCCGCUGAGGCCCCUCCAUGUGGACGGAGGGGGUCUGCUCCAGCGGCAAGAUGGGCUUCUACAUCAGCUCCCUCUCCAGAGCACCCUACGGCAACAGGGCACCACCGGAGGCCUCACGCCACCCUGCCAAGCGGUAUCAGGCGGCGCCCAGCUACAACUACCGGUGGACAGAGCUGCACUACGAGGCCAGCCGCGGCAACGUGGAGAAGCUGAAGCAACUCCUGGUGACCUCUGAUAAGGAACUGGUAGACCGGAAGGAUUAUUAUGGCAAGACCCCACUCUACUGGGCUGCCUACAAGGGACAGAGGCACACAGUGGAGCUGCUGCUGAAGCACAGUGCCAAUGUCAACACAUGCUGUAAACACGGGGGGACUCCACUCCAUGCGGCUGUUGGGCUCUUCCCGGACUGCACCUUGCUGCUGAUCCAGCAUGGCGCAGAUGUAAACCUGCAGGACAAUUGGGGAGUGACCCCAAUGUACCUGGCAGCCUGCAGCGGACAAACGGAUUGUAUCCGGUUGCUGGUGGAGGCUGGUGCCUGCAUCUCCUACAGGAACAAGAGAACCGGAGCCCCUCCCAAGCGUCUCGUCUCCCAGCCGGCCCUCAUCUCCUGGAUGGAGGCUUGCCGCCGGCAGCCGCGCUCCCUGAAGCACCUCAGCCGCCUCUCCAUCCGAAGUGCUCUGGGUCACAGCAGGCUCCAAGCCAUCAAGGACUUCGACCUCCCACCCCUGUUGAAGCAGUACCUGAUGUUUGAGGACCUGACUCUGCCAGAGGGCUUGUAGUCCCCUCUCAGCAUUCUUCCCUGUGCCUGGAUUCUGCUGGCCCUGUGUUGCCUUUUUCCUACCCAGCCUCCUGCCUUUUUCCUGCCCAACUUUUGAAACAGACGGAACUGCCUGGCCUUUGGCUGGAGAAGAAUAUCCUCCCCUGAUGCGACCCAGGAUUUACCUGCCCAAGAGUCGGCCAGGAUGUUGGCAAGCAGGUUUGAAGACAAUAGCCAGUAUCGGUUGUGGAUUGCUUCCAGGAUUCUGUACUCUGCCUUGGAACAUUUAGUUGUUUGACUGAAGAGAAUCAGGCGUUGUGACCCCAAGACACAUACCCAAAAUAAGUGAAUCACCACUUAUUUUGGGGCCUGUCCCUUUCCCCCUUCUUUCACUCUUUAGAUCAAGGGACCAGAAGCUUCCUCACAGUGACAGAUCCAUGUAUAAAACUAUGGAACGGGUUCUGUGGCCCUGGAGUGGGAUAGAAAAUAAGUGCAGGGAUCCCCAGCUUGGAAGGCCACCCAUUUGUGGGGAAAUCUCCCCUUCAGAGUUGUGGCAGAGAGACCUGAGAAAGUGACAGAAACUUUCCCCAUAACACCCCAUGGGCACACCAGUUGGAAGUUAGCCUUCCUAGAAGCUGAUCCAAUAAUAAAGGUGAAAGUUUCCCCUUGACAUUAAGUCUAGUCUUGUCCAACUCUGGGGGGUGGUGCUCAUCUCCAUUUCUAAUCCAAACAGCCGGCGUUGUCCGUAGACACAUCCAAGGUCAAGCAGUACCUAUUAAUCUACUCACAUUUGCAUGCCAGGUUGGCAGAAGCUGAGGCUAGCAGUGGGAGCUCACCCUGCUCCCUGGAUUCAAACUGCCAACCUUUCAGUCAGCAAGUUCAGCAGCUCAGCAGUUUAACCUGCUGCGCCACUGGGGGGCCCUGUUGAUCCAAUAAUGACAUAUUUAAACAACAUCUUUGGUCCCUUUUUUUCAAUGCCACCUAGAAAGUUGCUACUAUAUCUGCCCACUUCACCCAGCAGUAAGUAUGGAGCACUGUGGGUAAUCGCAGCAGGUGCCUGGCAUGUAUUUCCAAGGAUAUUGCUGCCCCUGGCAUUACUUUCCAUCUCCUCCAAUGAUAAGUUGACACACCCAGCCCUGCCUGAUAGUUGAAAUAAAUAAUAAGAAGAGAGGGACUGCCUCCCAGCAUAAAAGAGAUUCACUAGUUAUACAGCGAGUGCUCAACCCAAGUAGGAGCUGUCCCUGAUGCAAGGCAAGGGCUAAACUAUUAUAAAUGGAAUGCAUGAACAAAAGUAAGGAAGUGCAUGGAGGCAGUGGGAUACCCAAAUCCCUCUCUUCCAUGCUCAAGAUGGGCUGAAUGUCUCCAGAGGAGUUGGUAUACUGACUUGAAGAGCUUGAUCUACAGUCAGCUCUCUUUGUCUGCUGGCAAUAAUACAGGGCCCUUGCAAAAGUGGAAAAGCAGUAAAUAGUUUGGGUUGUAUGGCCAUGUUCCAGAAGCAUUCUCUCAUGACGUUUUGCCUGCUUCUAUGUCAGUCAUCCUCAGAGAUUGUGAGGUCCAUAAAUGCAGGCAAUAGGUCAGAAGAGAAUGCUUCUUGAACAUGACCAUGCAGCCCGAAAAAAUGGACAGCAACCCUGUGAUUCUGGUCAUGAAAGUCUUCAACAAUACAGUAAAUAAUUUUUUUUAACCUGAGAGAUAAUGUCUCCAGUGAUAUAGUCAUCUAGUGCAACUGUAUGUUCAACUGCAGCCUGACGUUGACCACAGUGUUGAGAUGACAGAUCUAGAGAUUACUAGAGAGGUGUUCUCUUUAAGAAUCUCUAGGCCAGUGGUUCUCAACCUGUGGGUCCCCAGAUGUUUUGGCCUUCCAACUCCCAGAAUCAUAACAGCUGGUAAACAGGCUGGGAUUUCUGGUAAUUGUAGGCCAAAACACCUGGGGACCCACAGGUUGAGAACCACUGCUCUAGGCCCUCCAUCCCAACUUCUGGUGGAAGUUGGCCAACAUCUGGUGAAGUCACACUAGAGGAGCUAUAGAUUCUUGGAUGGACCAUAUUAAUCAAAUCUGUGAAUAAUCAAAUCUGCAAAAGUCAAACCCGCAAUUUGGAGGGCUAACUGUAAUCGAAUCUUGCUCAAUUUACAUUUAAAGGAUGCACAGAAAUAAUGCACUGCAAAUGCAUGUUACAGCUUUAUUGGUGCCAAAUAGUUGGGGAAAUGAUGCAGAAAUAGGCAACCGAAAUGCUUUUACAGCAUUAACACAGCCUUGAAUGCAGAUACUCCCCAAAUCUGCACUGGUAAGCAUUAUGUCAUUCUCCUAGUUUCAAGUUCUUGAUAAGGCACUUCUGUUCCCUGUUCCCAAGGAAAACUUAUUAGUAUGAGUAUAUACCUUGACACGUCUUACUUUCUGAAAGAUUGAAGAUGUUACCAAUUACUGAGGAUGGGAAAGGGGAAAAGAUUAUUAUUAAAGGAAGAUGUUCUUACCAUCACUUUACCUCUCUGUUUAUAGUUGUAAUGAAGGUUUCUGUACUGAUACAUGCAACUUAAGUGAGUACAAUUAAGCCAUGAUGCAACUCAAUAUGAGCUUUAAAGCAGACUAACUUAUACAUGAGAUUUUGGUAGUUUGAGCAUUGGACCACAGCUCUGGAAACCAGGGUUCAGCCCCUUGCUUGGCCAUGAUUUAGACAAGUCACACACUAUUGAGUCCCAAACAAUAUUGUAAUCGGUUGCUGUGAGUUUUCCAGGCUGUCUGGCCAUGUUCCAGAAGCAUUCUCUCCUGAUGUUUUGCCCACAUCUAUGACAGGCAUCCUCAGAGGUUGUGAGGUCUGUUGAACCUCACAACCUCUGGCUCUGGGAAGGUGCUUUCUCCAUUUUUUAAGCCAACGAAGCUGCAUUGUCACCUCCUGGUUGUGUGGCUGGUAAGAUUGCUUGAAGCAUCUCUUUGUCUUUUCCCGCCGAAGCGGUACUUAUUUAUCUACGCACAUUUGUAUAUUUUCGAACUGCUAGGUUGGCAGGAGUUGGGGCUUACAGACAGGAGCUCACUCCGUCUUGCAGAUUUGAACUGCUGACCUUCAGGUCAGCAGUUCAGCCAAUGUUCAGGUCAGCAGUUCAACAGCACACGGGUUUAGCCCAUUAUGCCACCGCAGCUUCCCUUGUCUGGAAUGCUAAAGUCCAAAACACUCCAUAAUUGUCUGCACAGAUGGCUGAGAUGGUUCUAUGUACACUUUCCAUGGAAAUAUUAAAAAAUUAAAAUAUUGUAUAGAAUUGCCUUCAGGCCCUAUGCAUAAAGUUUAUUUGAAACAUAGACGGAUGUUGUAUGUAGACUUGCGUCCCUUCUUCAAGACACUCCCCCACUCCCCUCUCUGUCAUUCCAAAUUCCAAAAAAAAAUUACAGUCAUUCCAAAUUCCAAAUAAAACCCUAAAAACUUCUGGUCCCAAAUAUUUUGGGUGAGGAAUCGUCAGCCCACACUCCAAGAUCAUCAGCACAGGAGGCUGAGAUGAUGACACUUUUGCUUUCUGAUGGUUCAAUGUAUACAAACUUGGUUUCAUGCAUAACAUUAUUUAAAAUAUUGUAAAAAAUACAAUUUUAAGGCUAUGUGUAUAAGAUAUAUAUAUAUAAUGUAAAUGAUUGUCAUGUUUAGACUUCACAUGUCCACAAUAUUUCAUUAUGUAUCUGUAUCCAAAUACCAGUAUUCUAAAAUCUGAAAUCCCAAUGCAUUUCCGGUCCCAAACAUUUGAGAUAAGAAAUGCUCAACAUGGCCAUGUUUUCUUUCCUUCUGUAAAUGUGACUGAAAUACAGUUUCAGAGCCUUGAUAACGAAGCUUUAAAAGGUUGUA